UUGUUUUAUCUCUAUCUUUUUUUAAUAUUUAUUUUCCUUUUCUAUAUAUAGUUUAAUUUGCAGCACUCUAGAGAUGGCAAAAUUUUCAUAUCUUUUUCCUAUUUCUAUCUUUCUUUCAUUAUUUACUCUUCUUGUUUAUAUUUGUAAAAUUUAUGCUCUAAAAAACGGAUUAGAUAUGUGAUUAACUUUAUUAUGUUGUUGUUAUAUUAUAUUUUAUAUAUAUAUUAUCUCUUUUGUUUAAUUUAUUGAUUAAAAACAAUAUAUUGUAACACAGUUUAUUCCUAUCCAAUCUUUAUAUAUCAUUUUAAAAUCAUAUCAGCAUAAAAAAAUAAAUCUAAAACAACGUUAUAUAGUAUUUUUUAUAAUUAGAAUUAAGUAAAAUAAUAAAAAAUGAUGAAAGUUUUUGCUAAUGGGCCUGCUAAAGAUAAAAAUAUUUAAAGGUAAAUAUAAAACAGGAUAGUACAACAGAACUCGGAGAAAUAGAAAAUGUCAGAGUUGUGGUCCGUGUUCGACCUUUAAAUGGAAAGGAGUUGGACGGACACUGUAAGAACAUAGUAUGUGUGGAUACCAUAAAUAGUGAAAUAACAGUUGAAAAUCCCAAUGCUGCACAAGGAGAACCACCAAAAGUUUUUUCUUUUGAUGCUGUUUUUGAUACCGAUUCAACUCAAGUUGAUAUUUACAAUGAAACUGCAAGACCUAUUGUGGAUAAAGUUCUUCAAGGAUACAAUGGAACUAUAUUUGCAUAUGGACAAACAGGCACUGGUAAAACAUAUACCAUGUCAGGUGCAAAAACAUCUCCACAACUUAGAGGUAUUAUUCCUAAUACCUUUGCACAUAUUUUUGGACAUAUAGCUAAAGCUCAUGAUAACCAAAAAUUUCUUGUGCGUGCAACAUAUUUAGAAAUUUAUAAUGAAGAAGUUAGAGAUUUAUUAGGUAAAGAUCAAAAUACAAGAUUAGAAGUAAAGGAAAGACCUGAUAUUGGAGUAUUUGUAAAAGAUCUUAGUGGCUAUGUUGUCAAUAAUGCUGAUGAUUUAGAUCGAAUAAUGUCUCUGGGUAAUAAAAAUCGUGUUGUUGGAGCUACAGCAAUGAAUGUAUCAAGUUCAAGGUCUCAUGCGAUAUUUACAAUCACUGUUGAAUCUAGUCAACUUGGAGAAGAUGGUGAACAACAUGUUAAAAUGGGAAAACUUCAUUUAGUUGAUUUAGCUGGUUCAGAAAGACAAAGUAAAACAAAAGCUUCUGGAGUUCGUUUAAGAGAAGCAACAAAAAUUAAUUUAUCACUUUCAACAUUAGGUAAUGUAAUAUCUGCAUUAGUUGAUGGUCAGAGUUCACAUGUGCCUUACAGAAAUUCCAAACUAACAAGAUUAUUACAAGAUUCUUUGGGUGGAAACUCAAAAACUUUAAUGUGUGCAAAUGUAAGUCCAGCAGAUAUAAACUAUGAUGAAACUAUCAGCACACUUCGUUAUGCAAAUCGUGCUAAAAAUAUUAAAAAUAGAGCAAGAAUUAAUGAAGAUCCAAAAGAUGCUUUACUUCGACAAUUUCAAGUUGAAAUUGAACAAUUACGUAAACAAUUAGAAGAAAAUGGUGCUGAAAUCUCAGAAUCUGAAGAUGAGUCUGAAGAUUCUGAAGAAACAGGAGAAACUAGACAUGAAAAAAAAGCACGACGUAGAAGAAGUCAAAUAUUAACAAUGGAAGAAUUAGAAGAUAGAGAUGUAGAUUCUAAUGAAAAAAUUGACAAAGCUGAAAGAGAAGAUAAAAGUCCUGAUGAUAAAGAUGUUAUUGAAUUAAAAAGAACUCAGAGUGAGAAAGAAGCAUUAAGAGAGAAAAUGCAAAAUUUACAAAACAAGAUUUUAGUUGGUGGUGAGAAUUUGUUAGAAAAAGCAGAAGCUCAAGAACAAUUAUUAGCUGCUGCAGCAAUUGAACUUGAACAACGUAAAAGUAGAGAAGAACAGUUAAAGAAAGCUAUUGAAGCAAAAGAAGCUGAACGAAUUGAUAUAGAAGAAAAAUAUUCAUCCUUGCAAGAAGAAGCUGCAGGAAAAACUAAAAAAUUAGCUCGAGUACACACAAUGUUAAUGUCUGUUAAAGCAGAAUUAUCUGAUUUACAGCAAGAACAUCAAAGGGAAAUGGAAGGACUUUUAGAAGGUGUUAGAGGUAUUGGGCGAGAAUUACAACUUCAAGAGCUAAUAGUAAACAGUUACAUUCCUGUUCAAUAUCAAACAAUGAUUGAAAGAUAUGUUCAUUGGAAUGAAGAUAUUGGGGAAUGGCAAUUAAAAUGUGUAGCAUAUACAGGUAAUAAUAUGCGAAAAGCACAAGCUACACCACCAAUAGGAAGUAAUAAAGAUCAAAUUCAACCUGACAUGUCAAAUAUAUAUCUCUCUUAUAAUAAUGGAAUCGACAAUACUUUCGUACAACCAAAAAAAAUACGAGGUAGAUCUGGGGUUCCAAGGCCAACUACAGCACAUAGACGUACACCACAUUAAAAUUAUUUAAAUUAUAAGACGAUAAAAAUAUUUAUAUUUCACUAAGUACCUUUUUUAGCAUUUUUUUAAAGAUUAUUCUAAUUUAUUUUUGUUUAUAUGAUAUAUAUGAUGAGGAAAUCAGUAUUUUCUGUAAUUAUACAUUUAUUUCUACUUUGAAUCAGGUUUGUUCUAACUUAUUUUAAAUACUGCAUAACAGCAAAGAAUAUAUAUACAAUACAAUAGGACAAUAUCUAAUUAACAAAAGCAAUUUAUUAAAAACUACAAUUUCUGUGUUAUAUGAUAUACAAUUUAAAACUAAAUAAUAUAAACGAACUAUUUAAUUUUUGCUAGUUUAUAUAAACUGUUAACAAAUAUUAGAACAAAAAUUAGAAUUAUAUUCGAUAAAAUUUAAAAUUAUUUCAACUCAGGUAAUUUUUUCAUAUAUUAUAUUAUAAAUGAAAAACUAUAAAAGUAAAUUUUAUGUUUCAUAUGUUUAAAUUUUCUUGUGAUGUUCAUGGAAUACUAAAUGAAAAAUUUUAUUCAAUAAUGAAUAUAAACUAUCAUAGAAAAUACAUUUUCAUAUUUAAUAGCAUGCAAUAUAAGUUAUUAAAUAGAUAAUUAAUUGGUAUAAAAAUAGAAAAGAAAAUAAUGUGCUGUACCUGUGUGAUAAGAAAUAAAAUGUUUUGCUCGAUAUAGGAAUAUUAGAGAUAAAAAAACAAAAAUGCAAUCUUUAUCAAAAGUUUAGUAAUCUUAUGUCUUUUUACAUUAGCAUUUAUGUAUCUUUUGAUAAAGACUAGAUUUUGUAGCUUGAUAACAGUACUACAGUAUUUCUAUAAUAUUUUUCGUCAAAAAAUUUUAUGAUAAUUAUUUGAAAAAAAAAAAAAAAAAAAAGAAAAUAAUUUGAAUUUUGUUCUGCUUAAUCAUUUAUGUUCAUAAACUUAAAAGAAGAACAUAAAGAAAGCACAUCAUUAAAAUAGAAUUUUAACUAUAUUUAGAUUAUUCUUUAUUCGCUAUUUAUUAUAAUAUUUUAAUGUUGUGUCUGUGUGUGUUUUAAGUUUUUAUUAAAACUCAUACAUUCUUUAAGUACUGUGAUAAUAAAUUUCUUAUACUCAAUUCUGUUUACUUACUAUUAAGAUAUUAAAUGUUUAUAAUUAUUAUUGUGUGUAUGUUAUGCUUUUUUAUAUAUAAUUUACGAUAUAAAAAUAAAUAAUUAUAAAGUAUA